AUGGAGAAGACAUUCGUGGUUGAGCACUUGGAUCCUGAGCUGGGCCCCUGGUCCACGCUGGAAUAUGCCUGUAUCGCUCGUGAGUCUCAUGCCCGCGGGGCUCGAUUCCUGCUCAGUUCUGUGCCCGCCGAGCUGCAGAUGCCCGCCGAUCUGGCCGCCACCAAGGGUCUCGAGGUCGAGCAGCGCAGCGUCGAGGAGAUCUUUGCAGACCGCAAGGAUAAGGUCUGUCUGCUGGAUCCUUCUGCUCAGACUGAGUUGAGUCCUCAGGAUGGUGACCACUAUGAGGUCUUUCUUUUCGGUGGAAUUCUUGGUGAUGACCCACCCAGAGAUCGCACUUCGGAAUUGCGGAAAAAGGGCUAUGUCGGUCGCCGAUUGGGGCCUAAGCAGAUGACGACUGACACUGCAGUGCGGGUCACUCGCAUGGUGGUCCACGAGAAGGUGCCCCUCGAGGAAAUCCCCUACGUCGACUAUCCCGAACUGCAGAUCAAUGAACAUGAGAGCACUGAGAUGCCUUUCCGCUAUGUCAAGGAUGCUGAGAACAAGCCUAUCAUGCCCGAUGGAAUGGUGGCUCUUAUCAACAAGGACGCCGACAAGUCCCUGGAUGACUUGUUCUGA